AUGGACGAGCAGGCCUCCCAAACCAAACAACCGGCCUGUCUCAAUUGUCGCCGCAGUAAAAUCCGCUGCAAUAGGCCCUCCAGCCACGCCCGCUGCGAGAAAUGUCGCCAGUCUAAUGUUGACUGUGUCGUGCCGAACCACCACUUGGGUCGCCAGAAGGGUGUUAAGAAAACCUUGGAACAUUCGCUAAUAUAUACCCCCAGCAAACGAAAAGGCCUGGAAAAAGCAAUCCACCAGAUCGAGCAAGCGAUUAAACGCCCAAAACUCGACUCAUCCACUAGCUCAGCAGAUGAGGCUCAACGCGCUAUCUCUGGACUCCAGGAGCUACUCUCGCGCUUCCAGGGUCAGUUGAGUCACUCACCAGAGCACGGCAGGCUCGGGUCCGGGGCCGGGACCGGGGAAGGAGAAUCUGAAGCAUUCUCAUCAGAUCUGGAACGAGAUCGAGACCUUCACCCGCACAUCUCCUCUCCGUCACCACGCGAAGCCCCAGAGGAGAAUCUUGCGCUAGAUGAUGCGGAGAAUCCGCUACAGCUUUUAGCGCGGGCAUCGGAUUUGCAGCUCUCGCCUGUUGGGGUACGGCAUAUGCCCAAGUCGCCACCCUUACCCUUGAUAUCAGCUCCCUUGUCUUUAUCUUUACCACAAGAGGGUAUUGGUCUUGCCGUGGACCCGGGGGUCAGGGACAGGGACAGAGGUCGGGGUCGGGACCAGAGCCGGGAUUUUGAUGCGGAGCUUGAUCGGCGCGAACAGAGUGCUAAAUCCUUCUUCGUACCUGCCCGAGCAAAUCUGGAUGUAGGGGAUGAUUUGGAUCCGGUGGAGUUGGGUCUUGUUACAUUUGAUGAGUCGGAGUCUUUAUUCUCUUUGGUCAACCCACCUCCAGUCCCACCCCAAUUAACCUUCUCCUCCCUCCACAGCUUCUACCAACAUCUCGCACACACAAGAUGGGGCCUAGAUCCCCUCGUCCACACAGCCCACUUCGUCCGCACCCAAUCAUCCUUCCUAUUCACAUCGAUAAUGGCCGGCGCAGCUCUAUUCCUCCCAUCCGCAAGCGCCCUAUCAAAACGACUCUCCCGCCACGUAAAAUGGCUUGCGAACCGCGUAAUGACCCACCGACACCGUUCCGUCGAGAUCGUUCUAGCUUUCAUGGUAAACGUACCCUGGAUGGCACCCGGGGACCGCCUCGGUGACGACGACACGUGCGCGUAUAUUGCAAUGGCAUUGACUGUUGCCCUCGACCUGUCGCUUAAUAAGAUCGUUACGCCUUCGUCGAGUUUUGGAAGUGAUCUUAUUUUCCAGCUCGCGAGGGCGGAUUGUAUUGAUGCUAAGCGUGCGUUGCUUAUGGAUGGGUUUGAUGAUGUUGAGCCUGGGUCGGAGUGGGGGAGAAGGUUGUUGAGGAGGAGAGAGAGGGCUUGGAUUGCGCUUUUUGUUGUUGAGAGGGGUGUCUGUCUUGCUAGAGGGAGAAGCUAUACGGUUCCGCCGACGGCGCUGAUUGAGAAUUGCGAUAUGUGGUAUCGGUCUGAUAUUGCGGAUCGACGGGAUGGCCCGAUGAAUUCUAUGGCUAUAUUACGGCGGGAUUUGGAUGAACUAUUUCGAAAAGUCAAAUCAAGUUGCGAUAGCUAUAGAACUGGUGAUACCGGCUCCGAGGCUGCCCACGCAAUAAAAACCACUAUUGAAAAUUUCUACGAACAAUGGUUCACGACUUGGGCCAUAGCGAUCAGUGAAGACGGCGUAACACACACCCAACUCUCAACCUACGGCGGCGUAAUCAACCACCCAACAGCCCCAACAGCAGUAAAGCGGUUUUUCCGCGCAGCAGGUCUAUCUUCCGCAUUAAAUGUCCUCCGAGCCGCAAUCCAAGGCGAAUCCCGACUAAAAUCAAUGCCAAAUAAUACCGUCAUCAUGAUUUCCUUCGCGGCUUGUUCGGCGCUCAGUCUCAGCGUCACGCCCGGUGAUAGUCAGUCCAGUCUCGCCCCCAGCGUGAGAACACUCAUUGAAGAAACGGCCGGUGUACUUGAACGUAUUGGUGCGACGCCGAAUCAUCGAAAUGGUGCUUCGGUUUUAUAUGGUCGUUUUUUGAGAGAACUUAUAAGGAGGGGUCCUACGCUUCCGCUUUCGCAGAAUCGUCACGGUGCAGAGCAUCACCGGAUGGAUUUAAAUGAAUCGAUUCUAUCGCCGUCAAACAGAGGCCUUGAUGGUAAUGAUAAUGCUAAUGCCAAUGUCAAUGCCCAGGGCCAGGGUCAAAACCAAGGCCCACCAUCAUCCCUACCCACUAUCCCAUCACACCCAGCACAAUCACAAUCACUACCACCAACCGAUCUCUGGACCGAACCACUUCAGUUCUCCGCAAUGUCAGAUGACCAAAUCAUCGACGCGGUGAAUCGUGCGGGCGGGAGUGCGUUUGGAGCCUCGAUUCCUGAUGUCCCCUUUGAUGAUAUGCUUAGUUGGGAUUGGCCAGAUUUCGCGAAUGCGGAAUUUACGUUUUAG